GCUCGAAUUGUUCCCCUCUUCUUCCAACCCGCUUACCCAAGUUUCUAUUCUCAGUGUCUCCCUUCGACGGCACGUACACCCGGCUCGGCCUGCGAACUGCGGGUAUAUUACUGGAGAGCCAUUCUUCUCCCCCUCUUUUACAGAUAGAUCCGCCCACUCGUUCUAUGCCUAAGUACGCCAGGAGUAGAUCAUUUGCCGAUUCUAGGGGGUUGGAAGUGAAGGAGCAGGUGGAGAAGGGCUGGAAAGCUAUCAAACGAGGUUUGGGAACCGGGGCCUUUUUGUGUAUGUGUCGUUUACACGUUUCCGUCCAAGUCUUGUUCUCCGUGAGGCCUCACAAAGGCAAUUAGCGCUCGGCCAUUCCUCCCUUGAAGAGCGGACUUAAUGGUACCUCCCGCGCGGUCAGUGUCAGGCAUCUUGGGUAGGACCAGAAGGCUGGGAAGAGGCGCAUGCGUGUUACGGAGAAAAGGCGACGCUAAGGGUCUUCCCUUUCGCCCUGCGGUGGAACGCAACCCUCACGCAGGGCUAGGAGCUUGGCUUGGCACCUGAAGAGGGAACAAAGGGGAGCAGCAAUGAAUGCCAUCGUUGUCCUUUGCCACUUUUGCGAGCUGCAUGGGCCUCGCACCCUCUUUUGCACAGAAGUCCUUCAUGCCCCUCUUCCGCAGGGGGCAGGAAGCGGAGACAGCCCCAGCCAAAGCGAACAGGCAGAAGAGGAGGAAGGAGGCAUCCAGAUGAGCAGCCGGAUCCGCUCGCACAGCCCAGCGGAAGGUGCCAGCGCAGACUCCAGCAGCCCAGGGCCCAAGAAGUCAGAUAUGUGUGAGGGGUGCCGCUCUCUUCCCGCAGGGCACCCAGGCUACGUCAGCCAUGACAAAGAGACCUCAAUCAAAUACGUCAGCCACCAGCACCCAAACCACCCCCAGCUCUUCAGCAUCGUGCGGCAGGCCUGUGUCCGCAGCCUCAGCUGUGAGGUCUGUCCGGGACGUGAAGGCCCCAUCUUCUUUGGCGAUGAGCAGCAUGGCUUUGUGUUCAGCCACACCUUCUUUAUCAAGGACAGCCUGGCGCGUGGCUUCCAGCGCUGGUACAGCAUAAUCACCAUUAUGAUGGACCGCAUCUACCUCAUCAACUCUUGGCCUUUCCUGCUGGGGAAGAUCAGAGGCAUCAUUGACGAGCUUCAGGGCAAAGCACUUAAGGUCUUUGAAGCUGAGCAGUAUGGGUGUCCCCAGCGCGCCCAGCGCAUGAAUACAGCCUUUACACCUUUUCUACACCAGCGGAAUGGAAAUGCAGCACGUUCUCUUACCUCUCUGACUAAUGAUGAAAACCUGUGGGCAUGCCUCCAUACUUCCUUUGCUUGGCUCCUAAAGGCAUGUGGUAGCCGACUCACAGAGAAGCUCCUAGAGGGGGCACCUACCGAGGACACUCUUGUUCAGAUGGAAAAACUCGCUGAUCUUGAGGAAGAGUCGGAAGGCUGGGAUAACUCUGAGGAGAAAGAAGGGAAAUCUCCAAGCCAGGAUGACGUGAGAGAAGCCCGCGAGCUCAUCAGAAGUCCCACUGAUUCAUCUCUCAUGGUCGACUGCAGUAACUGGAACGUAGCACCCAGGAACCAGUGUUUCCGAUCCCUGCGGCAUUUGAGACAGGUGUUGGGGCCAUCGGCUUUCCGCAUGUUGGCAUGGCAUGUGCUCAUGGGGAACCAAGUCAUCUGGAAAGCACAGGACCCAGACCUUGUCCAGUCUGCGUUUGACGUCCUACGGACCGUGCUACCCGUGGGCUGCGUUCGAAUCAUCCCGUACAGCGACAAAUAUGAGGAGGCUUAUCGGUGUAACUUUCUGGGCCUGAGCCCCCACGUACAAAUCCCAUCCCACAUAUUAUCAUCCGAGUUCACUGUCCUCGUUGAAGUGCGCACUGCCACACGGUCGAGCCUGUACCCGGUCUUGUUUGAUGAUGAGCAGCCCCUCAGCAAAUACGAAUUUGUGGUCACCAGUGGAAGCCCUGUGGCAGCAGACAGAGUUGGUCCCACCAUCCUGAACAAGAUUGAAGCCGCCUUGACAAACCAGAACCUCUCAGUGGAUGUGGUGGACCAGUGCCUUGUUUGCCUUAAGGAGGAGUGGAUGAAUAAAGUGAAGGUCCUCUUUAAGUUCACCAAAGUGGACAGCAGGCCCAAAGAAGACACCCAGAAGUUGCUGAGCAUCUUGGGAGCUGCUGAAGAAGACAAUGUGAAGCUCCUGAAGUUCUGGAUGACAGGCCUGAGCAAGACUUACAAGUCUCAUCUGAUGUCGACGGUUCGCAGCCCAACUUCUUCAGAAUCUCGAAACUAGCUUAGAACUCCUCAUUUCGGCUUAAGGAAAUCCUUGCUUGAACUGUCAACCUGGAUGCUCUAUCUGUAACAGAGCAGCAUAGGUGCCUGGCUGUACCAGGGCAGAGAUGCAAGGGGACAGGUAUGUUCAGCAUUUCAGGUAUCUUCAGCAAAUGAGAGUUCACUACUAUAUUAUAUACGAAAGGCUUUGUGUUCAUCACUAUGCUGAUUUGCAAUAGGUUUCGAGCUCCUUAGUCUUCCUCCUGAUGGAGAUCUCUCUAGAUUCUUCAGCAGGAAGACUCUUUCCUCUGAAAAUGCACAUCCUGUGGCACAUUAGUGCCAUUAAACAGGGGGCUUAACAACAUGCUGAGUACUGAAGGACUUCUGGACUUUCUCCUCUGACAUCACGCUAGAGGAGUGGAGUGUUUAUUACCUGGUGAGUGAGGAUUUAUCAACCCCUUUCAUAAUAGUCCCAUGUUGAGGGACAUCUGGUGAGCAUACGUGCAUCCUGAGAAUUUGUCUCUCAAUUAGUCUACGGAUGGGUUAACAUUAUUUAUAAAAUGACCUGUUUGAGUUAUUCCUGCAUUAUCCAGCAUUGAUGCAGCUAAAAAACAAAAUGAAGUGGCUGUUUUGACAUCGGAAAUAGGCCAGUCUAUUUGUAUUGGUGAAAAACCUGGAGCAAGGGACGUAUGCCAAGACUGGACUGUAUUCUUCUGAUACAUAUUAGGGCUCAGGCUUUGUCUGGAAAGCAGUAGCUUACACUUAUUUAUUAAUUUGCAUUAAUAGGCCCUGUAUUGUAUUUUGGAGGAAGGCAAGGUGAUAUAAACAUGAAUUUAUAUCCAUGUUAUCCAAAGAUGUGUUGAUGCCUUGCACUUCUAACAACAUUGGACUCUUGUGUACUUAUUAACACCUCUUUGUCAGUAGCAAAUCAAAAGGAAGCAAAAGUAGAGUUGCUUUACAGCUCUUUUAUCUGGCUUUUUAUCUGGCAUGAUCACAUUACCAAAUCCUGUUCCUAAAUUACUACUGUGUACAAGAGCUUGUUUAUUCAGUUGUAAAAUGAAUUUAGGGUAUAAUCCAGCCAAAGUUAAAACACUUCUAAGUCCCAUUCAUUCAGUGGGGAAAAACUGUCUCUCCCAUUGGUUUCAAUGGGACUUAAAGUAUUAAGUUUGGAUGGAUUAUGCCCUGAGAUGUGUUGCAGCCAAGGAAUGCUGACAGCCAUGGUCAAUUCGUAAUCUCUGAAGCCGUAAACCCUGCCUAGGAGGAACUUGGUAGCUUUUGCUCCUGUAAGACUUGCACGUGUUAUGUCAAUGGAUUACAGAGGUAAAGAAGCUAAUUUCUGGUGAAAUGGAAUGUGCAGAAAUUAGGAUAAUUUAUUUUGAUCAUAAACAUCUGCUAGCCUUUCCUCUGUUAUCCCCGUAGAGUUAAUUUUUUAUUUUUAAUUGCAUAAGGCGACUGUGGACAGACUUCAAUAAAUCUCCUUUGCUGGGAACAAAAACACAAACCAUUAAUAUAUUUUAUUUUUAAUUUUAACGUGGAAUAGAGAAAUGAACUUUUAAAAAACAGAAUGGCGAGCUUAAGUUUGUGAUGUCUGAGUUUAACAUUUUUAUUUGUGCGUGUGUGGUUAAAGAUUUUAAAAGUUUUAUAUUUGUCUGCUGUGGAGGAAGAUUCUGCUAAGAAAAUUAGCUGUUCCCAUGUUGGAGAUCCUUACUGAUUUUUUUUGUUGAUUAUUGUAAUGCAUGUGUAAAAACGCAAACCAAUAAAAAAUGCUGUAUUUUCCCUAA